CGACGUUUGUAAUAAAAUGAUGUAUACAAGUACCAUCUCCAGCCAACGAUAACGAUGCAUUUCACUCACUCCAACACACACGCACAGCGCCACUGCAGAUAAUUAUCCCUAGACUGUGAAAUCAUGCUUUCCUGGUUUCAAAAACCCUAACUGGUUACAAUUCAGAUAUGGACCAAGAAGAAUCUCGAAACGGUGAUUUCGCUCACUACAACGACCACCACGUCUCCAAGAAACCCAAACUCACCCGCUUCAUAUCCGAACCCGAAAUCCGCGACGAAUUCUCGCACCACCGGUCCGGCAUCGCCCGUAUUAACAACGGCAGCUUCGGGAGCUGUCCCAAGUCCGUGCUAGCCGCGCAGCAAAAUUGGCAACUGAAGUUCCUCCAACAGCCUGAUGAUUUCUACUUCAACACUCUCCGCAAGGGAAUAUUACACUCCCGUACCCUCAUCAAAGACCUCGUUAACGCUGAUGACGUGGAUGAAAUCUCCCUUGUCGAUAAUGCUACUACCGCUGCCGCCAUCGUCCUCCAACAAAUUGGACGCGGCUUUGGUGAAGGGAAGUUCAAUGGAAACGACACCGUUGUAAUGCUCCACUGCGCAUUCCAGGCCGUCAAGAAAUCUAUCCAAGCUUAUGUCACGCGUGCUGGUGGCUCAGUUAUCGAAGUUCAGUUACCAUUUCCGCUGAUUUCGGAGGAAGAAAUUAUCAGAGAAUUUAAGAAAGGGUUAGAAAAGGGUAAAGAGAACGGUAAAAAAGUUCGGUUAGCGAUAAUUGAUCAUAUUACGUCAAUGCCAUGUGUUGUGAUUCCUGUUAGUAAAUUGGUUAAAAUUUGUAGAGAGGAAGGUGUUGAACAGGUUUUUGUAGAUGCGGCACAUGCUAUAGGUAGUGUUAAAAUUGAUGUUAAAGAAAUUGGAGCUGACUUUUAUGUUAGUAACUUGCACAAAUGGUUUUUCUGCCCACCAUCGGUUGCUUUUUUGUAUUGUAGAAAAUCGAAUGUAUCCCCUGAUAUGCACCACCCUGUGGUUUCUCAUGAGUUUGGCAAUGGGUUGCCAAUAGAGAGCGCAUGGAUUGGUACUAGAGAUUACAGUGCCCAGCUUUUAGUACCUUCAGUUAUGGAGUUUGUGAGUAGGUUUGAAGGGGGAAUUGAUGGAAUUAUGACAAGAAACCAUGAGCAAGUACUGAAGAUGGGGAGAAUGUUGGCAGAGUCAUGGGGAACAAAUCUUGGCUCGCCGCCUGAACUCUGUGCAGGGAUGAUAAUGGUUGGCUUACCUUCAAGGUUAAGAGUUUGGAGUGAGGAGGAUGCUUUGAGGUUGAGGGAGCAUUUGAGGGUCCAUUUUGGGGUUGAGGUCCCAAUUUAUUAUCAGCCACCGAAGGAUGAUAGUGAGGGUCAUGCUAGGGAUAAGGAUGGGGUUAUAACGGGGUAUGCCAGGAUUUCUUAUCAGGUUUAUAAUGCAUUGGAGGAUUAUGAGAACUUUAUGAAUGCAAUAAAUAUCCUUGUCGCCAAGGAAAAAAAUUUGCAAAAUGUUAUGGACAGGUAAAAUGAUGAGUUGGAUGUAAACAGAUGGGCAGCAUAAUGGGGACUAACAAUCGUUUCACCAGUUAUUUUGCCCUGUCUUGGUUUUCUAAUGACAGAACUUUGAACCCAUACACACCUGGCUAAGUGAGGCUCUUUAUGUGCUCAUCCUAAACUUAGAAGAUAUCCUGCAAACCUUCCUACACUGAUCCAAUGUGCAACUUGGUGUAGCUUUGUUAUUCCGUCUCUGUAUUCAUGACAAU